AUGGUCCGCAACAUCCUCCCAAACCGCCUGAAAUCAUACACCAGCACCAGCACCAACAACAGUCGAAGCACCAGUCCAAAUCCAGGCACCAUGAAGAAGACACUGUCGGCAGGUAUUGAUCCCAACCCAGAGUUGGCACGGGCCAAUGGGUUGAUGCUAAAAGUGGUGGUGCUAAAGGCCAGAAAUCUUGCUGCGAAGGACAGGAGCGGUACUUCUGAUCCGUAUUGCGUCCUCACUGUCGGCGAUACGAAGAGUGCUACACAGGCAGUUCCAAAGACUCUAAACCCCGAAUGGAACGUCACAGUCCAGUUCCCAGUAUCUGGUGUCAACUGCCUACUAUUCGAACUCGUUUGUUGGGACAAGGACAGAUUCGGGAAGGACUAUCUAGGCGAAUUCGACCUCGCCGUAGAGGAAAUAUUCUCGGGCGAUGCUACGGAAUUAGAACCACGAUGGUACCCCCUCAAAAGCAAGAGACCAGGCGGCAAGAAGAGCAGCAAUGUUUCAGGGGAGGUCCAGCUACAAUUUACCCUCUUCGACUCUUCCAAUGUCGCAUCGCCGUCUGCACAGGUCUUGGAGAAAUUCCGCGCACUCGCUGGGAUUGAUAUAUCUGAUAUUAGUACCAGUGCUCCUUCGACGCCCGGGCUGGUGGGUACUGCUGGUGGGGACGAUGAAGACGAAUAUUUCGAUGAAGACGAAGAGCCUAGCGAUGAGACGGACGAUCCUACAAAACCAGAAUCUGCCGAAAAGAGACGACGGAAGUUAAGACUUCGCGGAUUGAGAAAGAAGAAACAAACUGGUGCAUACGAGUUCGGUGGUGGAAGUGAGGUUGUGGGCAUCGUAUUCCUUGAAAUUGGCAAGAUUACGGAUCUGCCACCUGAACGGAACAUGACGAGAACCUCGUUUGAUAUGGAUCCGUUUGUGGUUGCAUCUCUUGGAAAGAAGACAUACCGAACUCGCGUUAUCAGACACAAUCUCAACCCGGUAUUCAACGAGAAGAUGGUGUUCCAGGUUCUCAAGCACGAACAGACUUACUCUCUCGCGUUUACGGUCAUUGAUAGAGAUAAGCUAUCUGGGAACGAUUUCAUUGCUUCGACAGUCCUCCCUUUAAAAGACAUUACAGAUACAGCCCCCGAUGCAGAUCCGGAAACUGGCCUUUAUGCCUUGAAAGAUCCGCCAGAUGCCGCCGCGUUCCCAGUCGAAAAGAAUCGGUCACGCUUCAAGUUGCCACUAUCCAGGUCCUCCUCAUCACAAAGCUUGAACAAACUAUCUGCUCGGCCAGCUCUGACUUCCAAUAGGUCUAGUUCUAGUAUUAUGCAGAGUACCAAUACCUCUGGGACGACCACACCAACUCAGGGACUAGCUCCUACUUCCAACCCAGUAGCGGGCCUCCAUCCGGGUGAUAAUGUACCAGCACCAAACGCCGUUGAUGACGAUGAGGGCUUCAAUGGGCGCGGAGACCCUGACUUGCAUCCAUUCACGGUGCAAUUGAAGCUCAAGAACUCUGAGAAAUGGGAAGAGAAGCACAGUCCAGCUUUGUUCAUCAAGGCCAAGUAUGUCCCAUACCCCGCUCUUCGCCAACAAUUUUGGAGAUCUAUGCUCAGGCAAUACGAUACCGAUGAGAGUGGGAGGAUUAGCAAGGUCGAGCUCACAACUAUGCUCGACACCCUGGGGUCGACAUUGAAGGAAUCUACGAUUGAUGGGUUUUUCAAGCGCUUUCCACACCACGCGACAAACAGCGGAGACGAGAAUAAUUCCGACUUGACCUUUGACGAAGCUGUGAUAUGUCUAGAGGACCAACUUUUAGAAAAGUCGAAGACCCAAUCUAUGGGUGAUAAGGUCAGAAACUUGAUGCCGGACAGCGCUGCUGUAAAAGCCCGUAUUCCAGUACAACUAGGAGGCACACAAGGCCAAGCUUCAGCAUCUUCAUCUGAAAUAACCUCAACGGAUACUGAGAAUCUACGGCCUACUGAUCAGUCUCUUGGUGUCGAGGCACAAAGCGUCGAGGAUCUCUCCACACCUGGUGAAGAGGGGGAUUACUUGGACCGAGAUGAUCUCAACGACAAGGGUGAAGAGCAUGUUGUUGAAAUCAGAGAAUGCCCGAUCUGCCACCAGCCGCGGUUGAAUAAGCGUUCUGAUGCAGACAUCAUCACGCAUAUUGCCACUUGUGCCAGUCAGGAUUGGAGGCAGGUCAACAACAUUGUGAUGGCUGGAUUUGUUACUUCAAGCCAAGCACAGCGAAAAUGGUAUUCUAAAGUCAUCACCAAGAUAUCUUACGGUGGCUACAAGCUUGGUGCAAAUUCGGCAAACAUUCUUGUACAAGACCGUACUACUGGUCAAAUAAAUGAAGAACGCAUGAGCGUCUACGUGAGGUUGGGAAUUCGGCUACUAUACAAGGGACUCAAAUCUAGAGAUAUGGAGAAGAAGAGAAUUCGCAAGCUCCUCCGUGGCUUGAGUUUUAAGCAGGGUGUCAAAUAUGACGAUCCUGCUUCGAAGGCGGAAAUUGAAAAAUUCAUCAAUUUCCAUCAAUUGGAUAUGAGCGAGGUGCUUCUAUCGACCGAACAGUUCAAGAAUUUCAACGAGUUCUUCUAUAGGGCUCUCAAGCCAGGCGCGAGACCUUGCUCUGCGCCUGAUAAUCCGAGAAUCAUCGUUUCGCCUGCUGAUUGCCGAUCAGUGGUAUUCAACAGGAUGGACGAAGCUACUAAGAUCUGGGUCAAGGGUCGUGAAUUCUCCAUCGAGAGAUUACUGGGCAAUGCCUACCCUGAGGACGCGAAGCGGUACACCAAUGGUGCUCUUGGCAUCUUCCGUCUCGCUCCGCAGGACUACCAUCGUUUCCACAUUCCCGUUGACGGCGUGAUGGGUACACCUAAGCUUAUUGAAGGCGAGUACUACACCGUGAAUCCAAUGGCUAUUCGAUCUGCACUCGACGUCUACGGAGAAAACAUCAGAGUCGUGGUGCCGAUUGACUCGGUGGCUCACGGCAGGGUUAUGGUCAUCUGCGUAGGUGCCAUGAUGGUAGGCAGCACCGUCAUCACUCGCAAAGCUGGAGAGAACGUCAAGCGUGCUGAGGAACUAGGAUACUUCAAGUUUGGAGGGAGUACGAUUCUGACCUUGUUCGAGGAAGGAACGAUGAAGUUUGAUGAUGAUUUGGCGGCUAAUUCGGCGACUGCAUUGGAAACCUUGAUCCGCGUAGGCAUGUCCAUCGGCCACCACCCUUCUCAAGGCCAGCAUACGCCCGACAUGCGCAAGAAAGACGAAGAUAUCUCCGAUUCAGAGCGCGCGGAAGCUAAACGGAGGAUCGAAGGUUCGAUCCAAACUGAUGGUGAGAGUGGCACUACUGGCAAGGUGCCGCCGGUUGCUAGCAUGGCCGGAUAG